AUGACAAUAUCGCAAUCAUGGAUGUAUAACGCAGCCUUGGGCUUAUUCCUUCCAAUCUGGUCAUUAGUAUUAUACAUUGCAUUGAUCCUAAACGUGUCAAUGCAAUGUUCAAACAAGAAGAAACUUCGGGCAGAUCAGAAAGAAAAAAAUGCAAAAUUGAAAGGAACAGAUGGCGCUCGAAGUUUGCUCAAAGUGGGUGGUGGUAACAAAAUUGCACAAAUUACUGGUAAGGAGCAAAAAAAAUUAUCGAAGGAAGAACUAGAAGCAGCGGAAAAGGAACGAAUCAAAGAGGCUGAAGAAAAACGCAUUGAAGAAAUAAAGCCCAAAAUUAUGAAGCGGAAUGCCAAAGAGGAGCGGAUUGCGAGAGGGAAGGAAACUCGUGGGAAGGGUGAUUAUCCCACUAUGGAUGAUGUAUUAAGUGAUUGGGAUUCUGAACAAGAUGCAAAGAAGGACACCACUGACCACAUCUCAAAGGUUACCACAAAUCUUGACGAUGUGGAGGAAGUAAAAAAGGACGAGACAAUAAACAAGGACAAGGACCAGGACCAGGACAAGGACAAGGACAAGGACCACGACAAGGAUCAGGACCACGACAAGAACAAGGACCAUGACAAGGACAGGGACUACGACAAGGACAAGGAUAGUGAAAGAGAAAAAACAAAAGACAAUCAUACUGUUAACAAAGGUAACGGAGUUAGAAAAAAUAACAUUGCAAAGAAAAAUGAAGCAGCUAACAAAAAAGCUGCUAAAAGAACUGAUGCAAAAGGUAUUACUAAAACUCGUGACGGGAACGAUGACAGAAAGUUAGACGAAACUGCUGGAAGUGGGUGGCCAUCUAGCAUUUUUGGAUAUAUGCUUCAAAUGAGUAUUGCAAAUGUAUGA